CAUACACAGAGAGAAAGGGGGAGAUAGAGUUGGCAGCCAUAGCCAUGGGUGUGGAUUACUACAAGGUUCUCCAGGUAGACCGCAACGCAAAAGACGAUGACUUGAAAAGAGCCUACCGGAAACUGGCUAUGAAAUGGCACCCUGAUAAGAAUCCUCACAACAAGAAAGAAGCAGAAGCCAAAUUUAAAACGAUCUCUGAAGCCUACGAUGUUUUGAGUGAUCCACAGAAGCGAGCCAUUUAUGAUCAGUAUGGCGAGGAGGGUUUGAAGGGGCAGGUGCCGCCACCAGGUAGUUAUGGUGGGUUUUCCGGCGAAGGUGGCUCUACAACAUUUAGGUUUAAUUCUCGCAAUGCAAAUGACAUAUUUAGAGAGUUUUUUGGGCAUUCUAACCCAUUUUCACAGAGUACGCUCAAUGAGGAUGUAUUAUCUGAGUUGAGAGCCAUUGGUGGUACUUUGCCACCUAGGAAAGCACCUUCAAUUGAACGCAUAUUAUCAUGUAGCUUGGAGGAUUUGUAUAAAGGAACCACAAGGAAGAUGAAGAUUUCAAGGGAUGUUACUGAUGCAAAUGGGAAAUUGACGACAGUUGAAGAGAUUCUUACCAUAAAUAUCAAACCGGGGUGGAAAAAGGGAACAAAAAUAACGUUCCCAGAGAAAGGAAACGAACACCAAAGCAUCAUUCCCGCAGAUCUUGUGUUCAUAAUUGACGAGAAACCACAUCCUGCGUUCAAAAGAGAGGGUAACGAUCUUGUUUUCACCCAAAAGAUAUCCCUAGUUGACGCUCUAACUGCCAGCGGUUACAGCGUCCAAGUGUCAACGCUGGAUGGACGAAGCUUAACUAUUCCCAUCAACUCUAUAAUCAGCCCAACUUAUGAAGAAGUGUUGAAAGGAGAAGGAAUGCCUAUACCAAGAGAUCCAACAAGAAAAGGGAACCUAAGGGUGAAGUUCAACAUCAAGUUCCCUACAAGACUUACCUCAGACCAGAAAACCGGCAUCAAGCGUUUAUUGUCGUCUUGA